AUGGAGAACAAGCAGGUGGUUCUGGAGAUUGACACACAGGAAGUCCGCAGUGCCCAGACAGCCAUCAAGGGAGUCCUGGCGGCCUUCUUCUAUGGCACAUGCUCCUUGUCGUCAGCAUUUGUCACCAAAAUUCUCAUGGACACCAUGAAGUUUGACUUUCCUAUUUUCAUCAUGGUCAUCCAAAUGUUGUUCACAGUAUGUACACUAGAGCUGUUGUCCAUAUUUGAAUUCAUUGAUCUGCCGGCAUACACCAUCAAACGAGGCCUGUCCUUCCUGGCACCAGCGGUCUUCUAUGGGAUGAACUCAGUGCUGGCUCUGACGGCCUUGUCUCACAUGAACAUUGCUAUGUAUGGUGUCUUGAAGCGAUGUGUGCCGCUGUUCACCAUGUUGUUCUCGCUUGUCAUCCUCAAGAAGGAUCUACCAAACAGGUUUACAAUAGCUUCUGUCACUUUGCUGACUGUUGGUUGCGUGGUUGCAGGCUACGGGGACCUCGGCUUCAAUCUGACAGCUUACGUCUGUGGGAUAGGCAGCAAUUUCACCCAGGCUCUUUACCUUCUGCUGGUGCAGAGGUACUCAGAACACCACCUGCCUGUGACCCACAUCCUCCAGCUGAACAGCUUCAAUACUCUGCCUCUGCUUCUGCUUGCUGCUGUAGUCAACGGAGAGAUGACCACUCUGGCAACUUACCCACACUGGGACCAGCUGAGCUUCUACCUGCUGUUUGCGUCCGCCGUUAGUGUUGGAAUGUUAUUGAAUUAUUCCUUGUUCUUGUGUACCAGCUUGACCAGUGCGCUGACCACCAGUGUUGUUGGUGGACUCAAGGCUCUGGUGCAGACAUUGGUGGGGCUGUUCACUUUCGGCGGAGUUUCCCACAACCUGGCAACGUACACCGGAAUCAGCAUGAACGUGGUUGGGGGCAUCGCUUACAUCUGGGCCCGCUACCAGGACAACCGGUCCAGGCCAGGCCGCCUGACUAGCUUGAAGAAAGUGAUGAGUUUUUCUUUUUUAAAUUCUGCUGACCAGGGGAAAGAGCCUAACGGGCAUAUACACAGUGACCAGGACACUGCCAAACACAGACAUGGCAGUUCUGGGUGUGAAAAUAUCCGCUUGUGA